AGAAAAUGAGUUAAAAAAAUGAAUAAACAUUUUCCAUUUUUUAAAGUUAUCAUGCUUCCUGAGAAAGGUGUCGAGGAACCUGAUGACAAGUUUGUUGAUCGCCUUGAGGAAUGGGAUAGCAAAAAUCACCAAAAUAUUACUUGGUUCCUUAAUACCUCCACUCCAUCUAUUAAUCUCCAACUUGGGAGAUAUGACACUGCUAAGGAGGUAUGGGAUCUACUUGCAAAAAGAGCUUCUUUAUUGCAUCAAUCUCCAUUGCCUACUCUAGAUAAUGCAAUAUCUCGAUUUCUAUUUGAUGAGACUCAUUUGAAGCUACUUAGACCUCAACAAGUUGAUACUGUUCUAGCAACUAUGAACAGCAAUUCCUCUAAGGGUGGACAGAAGUUUUGUCACCAUUGUAAUAAGCUCAGACAUGUUCUAUAUGAGUGCAAUCUUGUUGAAUGCCAUAAAUCUGCUGCAAGUGAAAAUGCCACCUCCACUAUGUCAAUUGGUAAUCUAGAAACUCUUUUUGGACAAAUGCUUUCUUCUUCUGCUCUUAGUACAUCUACUGCAUUGUCUAUUGUUCAAGUUCGAGCUCUCCUACUUUCAUCCUCCUGUCUUGAGCGUUUUUGGGGUGAAGCUGCUCUUAAAACUGUUUAUAUCAUAAAUCGUAUCCCCUAUACUGCCAUCAACAACAAAUCUCCCUAUGAGUGUCUUCAUGGUGUUCUUCCUACUUAUAAUCUUCUUAAGGUCUUUGGAUGUGCAUGUUUUGUUCUUCUUCCUCCACAUGAACAUAACAAGUUGGAGCCUCGAGCUCAAUUAUGUUGUCUUUUGGGUUAUGGGAUACAACAUAAAGACUUUAAGGUGUCCUCUUCUUAUCAAACUCCUUUGUUCACUAACCCAUCUCUUGAAUUAUUCUUUGAGGAUGAUGCAGGGAUUUUUGGUGAGUUUACAAAUGAACAACCUACUAUAAUGCCUUCUCCAAAUGAAUUUCUUUCUGUUGAUACUGCACCAAAAACUAUUGAGGCUGAGAAUAUACAUGUUGCCUCUUCUUCAAACCGUCCUACUCAGUCAUAUAAAGAGGCAUCCUCUGACCCUCUCUGGCAACAAGUUAUGCAAGAUGAAUUACAGGCUUUAGAAAAGACAGGUGCAUGGGACUUGGUUGAUCUCCCUAUUGAUAAGACUUUGGUUGGAUGCAAGUGGGUGUACAAAAUCAAAACAUGUUUUGAUGGAUUUGUGGAGCGCUAUAAAGUACAUUUGGUUGCUAUAGGAUUUACACAGGAAUAUGGAAUUGACUAUGAGGAGACAUUUGCUCCAGUUGCUUGCCUCACUACCGUUCGCAGUUUGCUUGUCAUUGCUGCUAUACAAAAAUGGAAAGUAUUUCAAAUGGAUGUAAAAAAUUCAUUUCUUAAUGGUGAUCUAACAGAGGAAGUUUAUAUGAAACCACCUCCUAGUCUUGAUCAUCCUCCACAUAAAGUAUGCAAACUGAGACGUGCAUUAUAUGGCUUAAAGCAAUCUCUUCGAGCCUGGUUUGCAAAAUUUAGUGCAAUUGUUAGUGAGUUUGGUUUCUCCUCAAGUCCAUAUGGUACUGCUUUGUUUAUUCGUAAGAUUGCUCAGGGAAUGAUUCUUUUGCUUCUUUAUGUUGAUGAUAUGAUUAUCACUAGAGAUGAUAUUUCAGGUAUCUGUGAGCUUAAGCACUUUUUUAACCAAAAAUUUAAGAUGAAAGAUCUUGGUCCUUUAAGUUAUUUCUUAGGACUUGAGGUCACCUCCUCAAACGAUGGCUACCUUCUUUCUCAGGCAAAGUAUGCAUCUGAUCUUAUCUCUAGAGCUGGAUUGAUUGAUAGUAAGAUUGCUUCAACACCUCUUGAACCAAAUGCUCGGCUUACACCCAUGGAUGGCUUUCCACUUAGAGAUCCUACAGUGUAUCAACAAUUAGUUGGGAGCUUGGUUUAUCUCACUAUAACACGCCUUAAUAUAGCAUAUGCAGUUCAUAUUGUUAGUCAAUUUAUGGCUACCCCUCGCUCCACUCAUUAUGCAAUUGUACUUCACAUUAUUCAUUAUGUCAAGGGAACACUAUUUCUUGAACUCCAUUUUUCUACUCAUUCCUCACUUGUACUUUGUGCAAAUUCUGAUGCUGAUUGGGCUGGUGAUCCUAUUGAUCGUAAAUCCACUACCGGUUAUUGCCUUUUUCUUGGAGACUCUCUUAUCUCUUGGUGUAGCAAGAAAGAAACCUUUGUAUCUCGCUCUAGCACUGAGGCUGAAUAUAGGGCUUUAGCUAAUACCGUGGUAGAACUUCUUUGGAUCUGUUGGCUUCUUGAGGAUAUGGGUGUUUCAUAGUCCUUUACAACAAAUCUUUAUUGUGAUAAUCAAAGUGUUAUACAAAU